UUUCAGUCCCUUACAUGCAAUACUCUUCUCUCUUUAUUAGGCUUCUGCAGAUGUUUCCCUCUGCCUGAACCCUUUCCUCAGCUCAGCUCAAAUACCCCCUUCCUCUGGGAAAACUUCCCACACGGCUAGAUUUCUAUUCUAGGCUUCCGCAACACCUGCCCCUCACCUUUAAACACCGCUCAUAUUCUGACUUUACAUCCCGCUUGUAUCUGUUUAUCGCUCAUAACAUCAAGUAAGCUCCAUGCGGGCACAGCUAUGAUCUGCUUUGUUUGCUGCCGACCCUGCGCCCAGCACGGAGACUCCGUAGUCACUACUAGGACCUCGCCUACCCGCGGAACACACUGAGAGCCGGAAGUGUUGCGUUCGCUCCGGACGACCGGAUGGGGAACUGCGCGGCCCACCGGGCAACCGGAAGCAUAGCGUUCCUGUCCGGAAGUCCUGAAAGGGAAACGCCCGCAAAGGCUGGUUUUUAAGCGGGAGCGUCUCUUCACUCGCAGCAAGUGCGCGUGCGCUGCCUCUCUCAUCCCAAAUCGGGAACAUGGCCGUAAGGUCGCUGUGGGCCUGCCGGCUGCGGGUGCAGCGCCUACUGGCCUGGAGUGCCGCGUGGGAGAGCAAGGGAUGGCCGCUUCCAUUCAGCACUGCCACCCAGAGAACUGCUGGUGAGGACUGCCGUUCUGAGGACCCUCCUGAUGAGCUUGGGCCCCCUCUUGCUGAACGAGCCUUAAGGGUAAAAGCUGUCAAACUGGAGAAAGAAGUCCAGGAUUUAACAGUGAGAUACCAGAGAGCUGUAGCUGAUUGUGAAAACAUAAGGAGGCGAACCCAGAGAUGUGUGGAAGACGCCAAGAUAUUUGGAAUCCAGAGUUUCUGUAAGGACUUGGUGGAAGUGGCUGACAUUUUGGAGAAGACUACAGAGUGCAUUUCUGAAGAAUCAGAGCCUGAGGACCAAAAGCUCACUCUGGAGAAGGUCUUCCGAGGGUUGUUGCUUUUAGAAGCAAAGCUGAAAAGUGUAUUUGCCAAGCAUGGUCUGGAGAAGCUGACACCCAUUGGUGACAAAUAUGACCCCCAUGAGCAUGAACUCAUCUGUCAUGUGCCAGCUGGUGUUGGGGUGCAGCCUGGCACUGUGGCAUUAGUAAGACAAGAUGGCUACAAACUUCAUGGCCGCACCAUUAGGCUUGCCCGAGUGGAAGUGGCAGUGGAGUCUCAGAGAAGACUGUGAAGAGGCCAUCAGGAACUGGAUGUUCUCCCAGAGCACAGUCACCUAUGUUUCUUUUAUUUAUUAAACUAGGUUUGUAUUGUACAUGAGGUACUUCAUGUGAUAUGUUUUGGAUUUAGUCAUAUUGGCUUUAUUUCUAAGAUAUUCUAUUGAUUUAAUGUGACCUGUUUGGUCUCAUCAGAAGUCUUACCAUUGGGCAUUUGAACAGUGUGACAGGUGUUCCAAUGGCCUUUAUCAAAACAUGUUUAGGAAAAUUGGUACUGUGAUAAAUUUGAAUCCAAAAUCCUUUUAACUAUGGGUUUUCAACUACAUGUUUCUUCCUAGUGGUCCCUAUAGCAGGAAUUGUGUAGUAUCUUGUAUUUUGUGGAAAAAGGAGAUGGUAGAGAUUGGUUCAACAUUUGGGUACUUAGAGGAUAAAGCUUCAUGGUUGUAUAAAUUUAGAUCAUUUGAUUGAUUUUUAUACACAUAGAUUUUCAGGACUUUACCUUUUGUUUUGUUUUUUUCCUUUUAGCCAUCUUUUGUUCUUGUAAUCCCAACUAGAUAGGCUUUAUGCUCACAUCAUUGUCCCAUACCACCCCUUUCUCAUCCCCAUUUGCAGGGGUUAGAGGUCUAGAUGAGACUUGGAAGGCAGGGAGCAUCGAAAUUUGAGAUACCCAGGACCCUUUCAAGCAAGAAUGGCCAAAAAGCCUUGUGCUGUCUUUGCUCUUCAAAUUAUUUUCAGCCUCCCUGUCAUAUAAUCAUUUCAGGCAAACUGAGGCAGCACUAACAGCUAAUGACCCAGAUGGCUCUAUUUGGGUAAUUUACCUACAACUUAUUCCACCAGCCUUUACUCCUCUGCCCCUUUGCCAAUUUUACCUUAUAAUCCUUUAUUAAAUGAUGGGAGGUGGUGAUCAGGACAAAAGUGUUAGGUUCCCAUGAUUUCUCAUUUCAUUUAUUAAUAGUUAUGCUGAAUUUUUUUUUAAGUUUCCUCCGGCUCUAUUUAUGGUAUUUUUUCUGAUAAGAACACUUAACAUAAGUAUUCUCUCCUCUUAGCAAUUUUUUUUUUCCUGUGUUGCCCAGGCUGACCUCCAACUCCUGGGCCCAAGCAAUCCUGCCUCAGCCUGCCAAGUAGCUAGGACUACAGGUGUUCACCACUGCACCCGCAAAUUUUUUUUUUUUUUUUUUAAGUUGGUACUCACAAAUCACUACCUCUGUUAUAUUGACAAGCUUUAUUUCCUGUUCUUUGUAUCUGUUAAGUCACAUUUGUGUAAACAUUGAGCUCACCUUUUAUAUAUUAGCCUCUAGAAUUAAUGGGCCUGUGUGGUUUUUUUCAGUCUUAUAGCUGGUAUUCUGUAAAAGAUUUGUCCAAUAAAUGACUUAAUGAAUGAUACAUCAGUCAGAUUUUAGGAAGGCAGUCAGUUAUGGAUAUUUUAAUGUUGGAAGAGGCCUUAAUGAUCAAAUCUCACCCUUUCUGCUUCUGAAGUAUGAAAAUCUAGUCUUUUUAGGACCGGACACGAGGAAAAUAAUCUCUAAACUAUUGACUAAAUUCCAGUGAGAAUAUGAAUGAAGAACAACUAGAUAUUAAUGUUAAUCAUUUAAGAUUAAUGGGCAUGCAAUUAAGUCUCCAGCAGACAAUCAGAUGUUGUUGGAUGUCUAGAUUAUAUAGGUUUAGGUUGAAGUUAUAAAAUAAAUCCAUUUUCCACUGGAACUCUCUGACAUUCAGUGGAGUGGUGGAAAGUUAUCCUCUUAUACAUUAGGAUAAUUCUAAGACAGCACACAAACUUAUCAAUAAAGCCAUCUCCUUGUGGGUCCUACCAUGUUCAUCAGAUUUAGACCCUUAAAAAACAAGUAAAUAUGCACUUUUAAAAUGCAAUCAAAAGACUGGUGGUUAAGCUUGUAAAACCAGAACAUCUUUUGGCAUUCCGCUAAGUGUAUAUUGUAAAUUUAAUGAACAAUCAAGGUUCACAAUAGGAAGUUGUCUUUUUUUGCCUUCCAUUCUAUGAGAUUGACAGAUGGUGACAAUAAGAAAAUGAGCUGAUUGUAAUUACUCUCUGUAUGUUUUUUUAUUGCUAGCUAUCAUCACCAGUUAGAAUUAACAUUAAUUACAAUUAACAAUAAUUUUAGGUAUGGAAUGUUAUGAUUACCUAAAGAGAUGUCUCUACCUAACGAGCUCAAGUGAUCCUCCCACCUCAGCCUACCAAGUAGCCAGGACUACAGGCAAGUGCACCACCAUGCCUGGCUAGUUGUUUCUUUUUUUUCUUUUUUUUUUGGUUGGUGGUUUGUUUUUUACAGGCGGGGUCUCACUAUAUUGCCCAGUCUAGAAGAAUUUUCUAAUGCUCUAUUACAUCUCCCAUUUUGGCAAGUAAAUUGAGAAUAAUUUUAGGUUCUUUUGUUAUUCAGUAGUUUUGCAGACUUAAAAGUGUAAAUUUAGAAUUAGAAGAUGAAGCUAUAGUAGUAAGAAUCUCAAGUUGAAGGGCUUUGGGGAGCCAAAGCAGCAUAUUAGAGCAUAGGCUUGAACUUAAAUCCCAGCUCAGUCACCUGCAUGACUUUAGGCACCAGUGAUUUCACCCUUCUGAGCCUGUUUCUUUAUUCGUAAAAUGAUUAUAAUAGUUCUUUCACAGCAUUGUGAGGAUUAAGUGAAAUGUGUUAAAUGCCUACUACAGUAGGUGCUCAGCUAUUUAUUUUUAUUUUUUUAUUAUGCACAUUGUUUUUCCUGCCUUUUUAUGGCUGUCUAAAGUCUAGGGAAAAGGGAAGACUGGUUAAUGAUGAGUAGAAAAAACUUGUAAGCUAAUCAUUCACUGACUUAUUUUCCUUCCAUUUUCUGGUUUUUAAAAUUAGCCACACCACAAGAAACCCACAUUUUUAGAUGGAAAGAGCAAGAAAAUUGUGUCAGUGCUCUUAGUUAUUUUCAUCUUAAUGGUAUAGUGAAAAGACAUUGGCUUGAGGUGAUACUAAGGAAGCUUUGGCUCACUCUCACUUGAAGAGGGGAUCUUGGUGUUUUAGUACUUGGAUUGUACAAAUGUUUUACUGACUUUUACUGCUGUAAAGGAAUCAGGCAGUUGGGUAUUGAUAUGUUAUUUGGUGCUCUCAUUCAUGGCAAAGGAUUUGAUAAAUAAAAGUUCUUAAAACACUAAAGCAAAAUCAAAUGAGCAAAACUAAGGAUGAAAUGUAAUAUUCAUCAGAACAAGGGUCACUGAGAAAAAAUAUUCAGAAACAACUUUAAUAAAACCUGAAUUGAAAUAACUGCA